CAAACUAGCUUAAUUAGGAAAUCAGCCUGUUAAUUGAUUACCAGAACUAUAAAACUGCUGCAAGUAACACUAGUAGAAAAGGGUCAAGAACAGCAAAGGGUCUCCACAGGAGCUGAAGCCAGAGAGCUGCUGGAUUCUGCACCAUGCUGUCUACCCAGAGGCACAGUACCAGCAUUCUGACCAGAAAGGAAAUCCUGGAAAAUGGCUUCUUGGCCAGCUCCUCCAGCCAUAGCUAUUCCUCUCCUGUGGUGAGCUAUUACAUGGACUCUAGCAGUGCUUCCAAACAUGACACCUGGGAGCUUCCUGUGGAUGCGGGCAACACAGCAAGUGGCAGCUCUCUGUGUGUUGUCAAGCAGGUGGAAUCUCUGAGCAGCUGUGUGAAGACUGAGCUGCACAGCCUGACCCAGGGCAUCUCUGACCCCAGUCUUGUCUGCUUCUGCAAGGCCCACCACGGCCAGGCCAUCUUUGAGCUGUCUGGUUUGUCCUGUGAGCACCCCAGCAGAGAUGGCUGCCUGAUGAAUGUGGCAUCACAGAACACCUCGACACCUUGCAAGAAAGACAAGCACUCCAAACCACUGGAGAGCCUGCUCUUCAAGAGCUGUGAGCUGACUGGAGACAUGUCAGCCCUCGGGAAAGUGCCAGCACCCAGGUGGGACAUCUCGGCCAUAAAAUCCUUUAUGGACACCAGCACAUCCCUCGAUGUCAGCACUGAGGAAUUACACCUACUGGGAUGCUCCAAACCAGACACAUCAUCCCUGGAGACCCCUGUGGUGAUUCCUCUGGCUUGGCCUGGUGCCUUCAAGAAGCACCCCACGCUCAUCCACAGGUCUGCCACCCAGGAGACCCAGCCGGGUGACCCUGACGCUGUCCCUGUGUUUCUGCACCAGGCUCUGUGAUGCUGCUGCCCCGGCUCCAGCUGGAGCUGCUGGGUGCCUGCCCCCUCAUCCACGCUGCAGCACAGAAGACGAUGGCAGCAGCUGGUGACAAGCUCAGUCUGCCCACCUGGGGUGGCCGAGUCGGCACUGGUGCUGGGGGAUAUUUGGGCUGGUGAUGGCACCCCCGAGAGCCGCAGCCUUGCUGGCUCCUCCUCCUCCCGAUCCCUCUGUUUUGUAUUAGCACAAUAAAGGUACAAAUGUC